GUAAAUUCCUUCGAAUUAUGUCACUAGGCUCAGGCACCUCAAGAAUCAGGAGGUCACAGGCGAUGGAUUCCAAACCAGACAACCGGACCCUGCUAACCCAGCUAAUCUUGUGCAUUCUUUUCUUCUAUAUGCUAAUAUUUUCUAUAUCGUCGAUCCUGUUUGGUGCUUUUGAGUUCGAUCGUUUGAUGAAUUUGGUUUGGACUGCGUUUGGUCACGAAAGUGACGUGGACAAUGAAGACGUGAAGAUUGCUUCUCUCAUUGCAAUUUGCUGUACAUAUCUCAUAUGUUCUAUUCACUGGCCUUAUUUCAUCAGCAGAAGGUUCUGGGACUUUGCAGUGACUACGUGGCUGCAGUAUUUAGCCAUAGGCUGUAUCAUCAGAAGAGACGUUGUGAGAUACUGGCCCUGGUGGGUGGCCAACAUAUUAUCCCUUCUGCUCUCUAUCCUAAUAGGAGAAGGGAUUCUAUUCUACAAACGCAGAAGGACUCGCAAAUCAAGACUGUAGUUGUUUUACAUUUAGAUUUAUUUGCCAUAUAUUAAUUAUCAAUCUAAUCCCCAGUCAGGCUUUUUUUCUUCGAAAAGGAACUUCGAGUCAGUAACUCAGUGACGAAUCUAAAGAAAGAGAUCCGAAGACAGGCACAACUAAGAGAGUAGUGGCCCAAUGAGCAAAAAUUACCAAAUACUGAAACUUAGGUUGGUAAAUUGAAAACUAGCCCAGCCCUUAUCGAAGCUUUGUUUGUA